AUGCUCAUCCUGUGGCGUACGGCGUGCCAAUCCAAGGAAGGCGUGGUGUUCGUCUCCAACGAGUUGGAGAAGAGGAGGGAAAUGGAGAGCCCCAGGGUCGCACAAACUCUUGGAGACCGCCUGCGGUACGUACCUCCUCAGAUCCACACCGCUUCUUCUCCACCUGCCGGUUCCAACCGCUGCCAGCAGGCACCAGUCGAACCACCCCUCGGGUCAUAA